AGAAGCCUCGCCCAGUCGACUGUUGGGAAAUAAAGUAGGCUACAACUUGUCCGUAACACAGAAAGGAAGUAACCUGUACUCUGUAGGAAGUAGACUACGCAACAUACUUGUCAAGUUUUGUGCUUGGUGUUCAGUUUGGUGCCCUUUGCGUUUAGAGGAACGUUGUGAGUGGAUCAAAAGUUAACCUGGUUCCGCCGACAUAAACAAACGUCUCUUCUCUCUGAAGGACAUGAUACUGUUAUAUGUGACCGUUUCCUGCCUCUUGCUUGGUUCAUCUGCUGGUCUCCAGUAUGACACGGAGUGCUAUGGCGAAAAUUUUGCAUUACCAUUUUCUUAUAUACCACCUGUUUUCCGUGGUCAGUUGUACUUCACUCCAAAUGGGGGAUCCAGGAGGCUAAUGAUGGAUAAUGGGGAGGCAAAGGACCCACGCCUUAAAGUUUCCACUAUUUCAGCUGAAUUAACAGAUUUGACAGAAAAAGAUGCCGGAAUAUUCUCCAUCUCAUUUGAUGAUAAAAUUCAGGAUGUCAUCAAACUGGAAAUUUUGGAUUGUGCUGUAGAGGAGACGAGGACUUACAGGGAAAGGUUCUCCUAUGAUAUUCCUAGAGAGGCUGCAUUUUUGGAGUUCACUCCCCUUGACAGUGAGGACCAGCCAAAGGUCCUGUGGAAUCGCACAGACCCUCAGACCAAUAAGGGAGGCAGAGGACAGGUGAAGCGUGAUGUGUGGGAGAUUAUGAACGUAAAUCAGGGAGACAUGGGCCACUACAACUUCAGAAGAAAAGACAACACUUUGCUGUCGAGGAUACAGCUCACAGUACAAGAGGAACAUAGACACUAUGAUGCAAAGGACGACAAGCAGCUCUUCAUCAAAUAUCCUUCAGGCGAUGUCCCAUGGACUGUGACUUUUACACCUAAAGGGGAAAUGAAAGGAUACACAUUGGUAAAUGCAGGCCAUCUGGUUGAAGAAGAUGACUGGAACACCCCGCUUUGGAAUUUUCAAGGGAGGAUUGAGGUGGUGCAUUAUGGCAUAGAGAUUGAUCCUGUGAAAAUCAAAGACUCUGGCACCUACGAGUUCAGAGACCCGCAAGGCCACCUGGCCCAGACUGCGGAUGUGGUGGUAAACAUUGAACUAGUUCCUGCCAUGGUUUAUGUUAUUGCUGUCGGGGUUUUAUUUGCGGUGAUUGGUUUCUGUUGCUGUGUGAAGAAAUGCUGGUCGAAAAGAAGCUCUUCUAAAAAGGCCAAAUCUACUCGUCAGGCUGCAACCGCACUUGCUGGGUAUUACCAAGAUUCAAAUCAGUCUGGAGGCCAAAUUUACUCUGCUGCGCCUGAUCCCUCUCAUCAGCCAUUGAAUUCUCUUGUUUCCAGAGAACCUACAUCUACCUCACCUGAGCCAUCGGUGUACACCCCAGUGAAUAUCCAUGUGAGCUCCCCUCAGCCUGAGGUUGCACCUCUAGGAGGGCAGAGAGAUGAUCCAGCUCCAUCACUUGGCUCUGAUUGUCUCUCGUCGGACCCUGAGCCGAGGUUUGAACUGAAAGGACUGCCCUCUGCUCCCCCCCUCAGUUCAGAUGCAACUUUAAGUGAUGUUUACACCUCAGACAAACUCAGCUCUCUGUAAGGUCUUGCGUAUACGGACACGGAAAAUUAAGUUCUUAUAAACCUGCAAAGGUGCACAAAAUAAGUACUAUGUAGAGGAAGAAAAUAUCAUUCACACUAUAUUGACACGUGACCAGACCUAUUGCAGGUUAAAAUGUGGGAUGUCCUCUUUCUUUUAAUAUAAAUACAAACACCAAUGUGGUGUGAUCAAAGAAGUCUGAGGCAAGUACUCCAGGAACUCUUGAUAACCCACAGCAGCAGAGAGUAGGAGUAAUACAGAGACAUAAAUCAAUUUUAGAUCAGUUCCUACAAAUGAUUAAGGUAUUUUUUUAUCAGUUAAGGAAAAACAAAGUUCACAGGAGCUCUGUAGCUUUUGCAGAGUUAACUGUCAUGAUCAGGAUUUCUGUUUUAUAUGGAAUAUAAAUGUGUGCUGUAAAUUCAGGUUUUGUAUUGAAUGCAUAACUCUUUUUCUUGCUGCCAAGGGUAUCAUAGAUAGGAGAGAUGAUGAUGAUGUUUCUAGAAAACACUCAUGGAGAUCAAAUCACUCCACUCAGCAAUUUAAGCCACUGUUACCAGCUUUACUUGUAUAGUAUUUUUAUAUGGUUGUUUCAGAGUGAUAUCAUGUGCCUUCAGCCUCUUAUAUCAGAGUGUCUGUGUGGUUUUUAUAAUUUCAUUCUAAGAAAUUAUAUGUGAUAUUUUUUUAUUUUUUUAUGCUCUGUACAGAUUACAAUAAAAAUGAAAUUGUAGUAAAA